AUGGUUUCGCUGAUGGUUGUCUCACAUCUAUAUCAGGUGACCUAUGGACAUUAUGCGAGUAACAUUGCAUCUAGUCUCCUCCUUAGUGUGGCCUUGUACUACGCAGUUCAAGAAUUUGCAUCUAUAACCUAUCUUCUGCAGCAAUUAGCACACGGAGGCUUGAUGGAAAUCCAUGGCACCAGACUUCAAGGAGAACACACUAUAAAUGAUGAAGAAGCGGUGGACAAAGUUCUUCACCUGAACACCCCGGAUCAAGUCCUUGAAAGACUUACAGAAAAAACGGAACUUGGCGACAAAUUUGACGUCAGGUUUGAACUUGCGGCCACAUUCGGGACACUGCAAUUCGAAUCUUUGAAGAUGAUCGAUAACAAUUUAAAAAUAAUGGUUGCUGGUGCUAUAAGUGAAAUGAAUAAGCUGAAUAAAACAAGUUGGGAGAGUCUUUUGGAUUCUUUGGACAGAAUACCAUAUUUAGAGAUGGUUGGUGAAAGAACAAACUUUACUGAAGAUGAGAUGUCCCGAGUGACAACGGAAUUGCUGGAUUUUUCCAGCGGUGAAGUCGACUAUAUGACGGUCUUCUUCACCGAACUAUGGUUUGACGAAUUAAUACAAGAGAACAUGAUCUUGAGUGAGAUGAACAUAAAUAUUACCAGUUUAGCUUAUUAUCUCGGAAAAGGGGAACAAAUUACGAUCAAAAACGCACUUUUGGGCAGUGAUAUUAAAAGGAAAGCAUUGAUGGAUUUGGCAAUUUUACGAUUUCCUGAUAUCAUGAAUCCAUACCUCACUGUGUUUAUGCUCCGAUUUGACGUUCUAAGAAACUCACUACGCCUUUUCGUCGUAGAACAAACCAUCGCCGCGAUCCGAUGCCGCUUCAACGUCGCUAAGUAUGUACCCAAUGAAGAGUACAUAAAACAGUUACGGGAAGACACGAGAGAAACUCUAAUGAAAGAUAUCGAUACAUUGUUUGGUAUAUAAUGCCUCAGCGAUAUUUUUCGA